GGUGAGCUUUAAAUAGCAGGUGUUUAAUAUUGAGAGCAUAUCCAGUUGGUUUUAACGCAGUGAACAAUCCACACAAUGUCAGCCACCGGCACAGAGACGAGCGCUCAGCUCCCUCCUCCCGCCGGGAGGGUGUUUUUCCAGACGGCACCCGGUGGAGGCUGCGCCGGGACCGGACCAGUGCAGCGGGAUGACCCGGUCCAGAAGAAACAGGGGAAAGUCACCGUGAAAUACGACAGGAAGGAAUUGAGAAAAAGGCUUAUCUUGGAAGAGUGGAUCAUUGAGCAACUUAGUGAGCUGUAUGAUUGCGAGGAGGAGGAGAUGCCGGAGGUGGAAAUCGACAUCGAUGACCUGCUGGAGGUGAACAGUGAAGACGAGAGGGCAGUGAAACUGCAGGAAUCGCUGAUAGACUGCUAUAAACCUACAGAAGACUUUGUCAAAGAGCUGCUGGGGCGGAUAAGAGGGAUGAGGAAACUCAGCGCACCGCAGAAGAAAGGUCUAUAAUGGCUGCCUGAGGCCAGCAGCCAGGAACUCCACAUCACUCACUCUAGGUGGACUCCUGACACCGGCUCCUCAGAUGUUGUUUUUUUUUUUGUUUUGUUUUGGUUUUUAAUUUAGCUGUGAU